GUUUUCGAUUCAUAGUCUGAAGCUGAAAGUAUCACGAUGGCAGAUGACACACAAGAAGUCCCUCAACUAGCAUUAGAGGCUGUGAUAGGUUUUAAUGGACACGUGUUUUCUGGACUUAAAGUACAUCCAGACAAAGAACAUCUCAUUUAUCCUCUUGGCUGCACUGUUAUUAUUAAGAGUCUGAGAAGUGGAAAACAAAGUUUCCUCCAUGGCCACACAAACAAUGUCUCUUGCAUUUCUGUGUCUAAAAGUGGACGCUAUAUUGCAUCUGGACAGGUUACUUUCAUGGGCUUUAAGGCUGAUGUUAUUAUCUGGGACUAUGAGAAGAAGGAGAUUUAUGCUCGUCUUUUGCUUCAUAAAGCUAAAGUUGAAGAUCUCAGCUUCUCCCCAAAUGAUAAAUAUUUGGUAUCACUGGGUGGACAGGAUGAUGCCAGUAUAGUAGUGUGGAACAUCGAAAGUAAGGAGGCUAUAUGUGGCAGUCCUGCUUCAGCACAGAGUGCUGGUCACUGCCUCGCCUUAGAGUACACCAACUUGAGUGAUGAAAUCUUUGUCUCUGCUGGAAAUGGAACUCUGCGUGUGUGGGAACUAGAUUUGCUUAACAGAAAGAUCCGGCCCACCGAAUGUCAGACAGGACAGCUCAAGAGAAUUGUCAAAUGUCUUGAGAUUCCAAAUGAUGAUAAUUAUUUCUACUGUGGAACUACAAGUGGAGAUAUUCUGAAAGUGAACCUGAAGACAAGGUUGCUCAACAGCUGUGGCCCCGUUAAACAAAAAUUCAGCAAGGGAGUCAACACUCUUAAAGUCUUGAAGACUGGUGACAUUUUAGUUGGAUCAGGAGACGGGAUGUUGACUUUGUGCUCAGGAGCCAAUUUCAAAACCAUUAAGAGUGUUCAGUUGGAAGGAGGGGUGACAUCAGUGACCUUGCGUGGAGACGGACACCAGUUCUAUGUUGGCACAGAAGCAGCACAGAUGUACAGUUUAAGCUACACUGACUUCAAACCAGAGCUCACUGCUACAAACCACAACAGUGCAGUAAAGGAUGUGGCCUUUCCUUUUGGGACAUCAGAGCUCUUUGCCACCUGUUCACACAACGAUAUACGAGUGUGGCAUUCUGAGUCGUCCAAGGAGCUUCUGCGUAUUACGGUGCCUAACAUAACAUGCCAUGCUCUUGGCUUCAUGCGAGAUGGAAGGAGCAUCUUUAGUGCUUGGAAUGAUGGGAAGAUUCGUGUGUUUACCCCAGAAAGUGGGAAGCUAAAGCUAAUUAUUCAUAAUGCCCACAGUAUGGCUGUAACUACUAUAGCUGCGACCAAUGACUGCAAGAGGAUCGUCAGUGGAGGAGGAGAAGGACAGGUGAGAGUUUGGGAGAUAUUCCAAGACUCAUAUCGACUCAUUGAGACUAUGAAAGAACACAAAGCCACAGUGAACUGCAUUAAGAUCAAGAGCAAUGACAAGGAGUGUGUGACGGCCAGCUCUGAUGGAGCCUGCAUCAUCUGGGACUUGGUGAGGUUUGUGAGGAAUCAAAUGGUCUUGUCCAACACCCUGUUCAGUGUUGUGUGUUAUCACCCUGAGGAAUACCAGAUCAUCACCAGUGGCACUGACAGAAAGAUUGGCUACUGGGAAGUAUAUGAUGGGUCUGCAAUCAGAGAACUUGAGGGCUCCUUGUCUGGAUCUAUAAACGGCAUGCACAUUUCUGAAGAUGGGAAAUAUUUUGUGACAGGUGGAGAUGACAAACUACUCAAGCUCUGGCUCUAUUCUGAUGGUGAAGUGACCCAUGUUGGCAUCGGGCACAGCGGAAGCAUCACAAAUGUGAGAAUCUGUCCCAACAGCAGAUAUAUUGUCAGUACCAGUGCAGAUGGUGCAAUUCUAAGGUGGAGAUACCCACAAACCGCAUAGAACAGUGAAGAAGGCCAUCUUAUUCUAUUUAGGCAUACAGUAGAUUUGUAUUGCACAUAUUUCUUUUAAAAAAUAUUUUUUUUUAUAGCAAGCGGCCCAACAAAACUGAUAUUAAAAUUGCUGUGAGCUAUUUAUUAAAGCAAACACAUGCCCUAUGUCUCACUAUUUCACUUAUUAAGUAUUACAAAUUCAUUUGGCACCAUAAUCUGUGAGAAACCAUGUAAUAAACUAUUCAUCCAUAUAACUAAAAAGACAAA